UUUUUUUCUCGUUUUUUUGUUUGUCUCUCUCAGCAUCUGCUCUUCCGCGCUCUCAGCGGCGGCUUUGCGCAUUUAGCAGUCCGUGCCGACCGGUCGCCUCUCACGUACACACCCUCUCCUCUCUCCGCCAAGGCUGCGUUUCGCAAUCACGUGGCUUCGUCUGCCGCCGUACGGGGUGCGGAGUUUGAGAGGCCCCCUCCCCCGGAUGCUGCAGCUGGCUUCGAGACGCAACACACUCCAACGCCGCCUUUAGUGCUCCGUAGCAGACCGAAAAUCUCGGCUGAGACACUCCCAAUACUUUAGUUGCGGCGUAGUCUCAGCGUUCGCGAUACCUUUCCGCGAGUGAGUGAGUUUGUAACCUCGGUGACGACGAAGUGUGCUCAUCUUCUUCGGCUUGCCACGAAGCUUUAUUGUAGGGGCAAUACAGUGUUGUCUGUUUCUUAUUCCCGACGAACGCGGCUUCACCAGGGAGUGACGAUGCUGCACGCAUUCGUCACACUUCUUGUAUUCUUGGCAUCCCUCCUGUUUUGGUGGGUCCGAAGGAAGUACACCUUCUGGAACGACAAAGGCGUUGCACACCUUACAUUCUGGCAAUAUCUGCGGUUUUGCAUCGAUCUCUACACUAAGCCCAUGAGCAGCGUGAUAAUUAGCAGCUACAAGCGGUAUGGUCGACUGUAUGGUUCUUACCAGGGCGCUACGCCAACACUUGUCGUCGCCGAACCUGAGAUUCUACGCGAGAUCCUGGUGUCCAAGUUCAAGAACUUUUCCGACAGAUCGGAAUCGCAACGCGUCAGCAGCGAAGUAUGGCGCAAGUCCAUCAUGAACUUGUCCGGUGAGGAGUGGAAGAAAGCUCGGAACCUCUUCACACCGGCACUGACCACUGCACGGCUCAAGACGAUUGCAUUGAAAAUCAAAUCCAUAGCUGAAAGAACAGCGUCUCGGGUUUCGGAGGCGGCUGCAGAGGACAAACCUGUCAACAUCUCUAAGCUCAUUGAGCACGCAUCGCUGGACACCACGGCUGCUCUAAACUACAGCGUCGAUCUUGACAGCGAGAACAACAAGGACCAUCCGUUGAUGAAGUGCCUGGGAGCUUUAUUUAGCACCGUCGCCGGUUGGAAAAUUGUGAUGAUGUUCAUGAUGCCUGGUGUGUACAAGAUGUUUCAGCCAAGCUACCCACCAAAGUCAAGCACCGAUCUGUUUAAAGCCUUUGUUUCACACCUCAUGGAAGAGCGGAAGGCCAACAAUAAGAAAGAAGACGACUUCCUUCAGGUGUUUAUGGAUGCAGACUACGACUGGGAUUUCAGCGCUGAGGGGAAAAAAGACGACGGAGAAAAGAAACAGAUGACACUAGACGAGAUAACAGCCCAGGGAAUACUGUUCUUCCUCGCCGGAGUGGAGAGUGUGUCGACGACUCUUAUCUUCACUGCAUACUACCUGGCACUUCACCCGGAAUACCAGAACAGCGUCAUCGCCGAAGUCGACAAGGCUGCAGGUCCGAAGGGUGACCUUACAUACGAGUCACUGCAGGAAAUGCCCUGCCUCGAGGCAUGCAUCAAGGAGGCGUUGCGCCUCACCGCAUCGGAAUCAGUAGUUUUGCGUCAGUGUACGGAAGAAACCACAGUCGCCAACAUCAACUUCAAGCCGGGUAUGUGCGUGGACAUCCCUUCGGCUGGUAUUCAUCACGAUCCUGAAUAUUUUCCUGAGCCGGACAAGUUCAAUCCAGAAAGAUUCCUACCGGAAAACAAGGACAGCGUAAAGCCGUUCACGUUCAUGCCUUUCGGUCACGGACCGCGCAGCUGCGUAGCCAUGCGGCUCGGCAUGCUGCAGGUCAAGACAACUCUCGCCUGCCUCCUUCGGCGCGUGAAACUUGAAACUUGCUCCGAAACUAUGAGCCCACUGAAGUUCAAGCCACGGCAGCUCCUUCAAGUCACCGACGGGCCGAUUGUUCUCCGGGCCAUUCCCCGGGACGCGCCGGCGAGCUGAGCUGCACGCCUGCAGCGUAGAGGCUUCUUUUGGAAUUGAAGAUGGCAGCUUCGCACACUAUAAGGAAAAUAGAAGUGGCCCCGGUUUUCAGAGUUCUUAAGCUAAGUAUGCCCACUCCGCGAGGGCUCAAGCACAGUAAACAUCGAAUAGUCUAUCGCGAUGUAUAGGAACUCUCGAGGUACAGGGUGCUCUUUUUCUUGCCUGCACCAAAUUUUUAAAUAUUGCCUGUGGCAGAUAACACAAUUCUAUAUUCCUUGAUUUAAAUUACUCGAUCAGGCGGUUAUUACUUCUACGAGAAAUCAACAUACUUAAUUAAUUAAAUAACAUGAUUACGUUAAUUAACUUUUUGGUUAUUAACAUUACGGCCACUAUAUUUCAAACAACGAAUUAUAGCCGGUGAGUCCAGGAGGUGGAUUUACAUGAAACAAAUUCUCAGGACUGCAUCAGUUUCGAGAUAUUAGUUUUCAAAGUGACCGAAGAAAUGCAUUGGUGUUCCAGUUGCUCUUGUACUUCUACGAAUAAAACAGCGUUCUCUUAUACAAAUUGAACGCCACUGCGUUUCGUCUGACACUUUGAAAAUUAGUAUCUCAAAACUGGUGCAGUCCAGAGAAUUCGUUCCAAGUGAAUACUCCUUGCGAACUCACCGACCAUAAUUCGUGGAUUAAAGUAGUGGCCAGCAAUGUUAAUAAUUGACAUUUUAAUUGACACAAGUAAGUUAAUCAUACAAUGAACUACUUCGAUUUGUCGUAGAAGUAGUGGCCGCCUGAUAGAGUAAUUUAUAUCAAGCAUUAGAGAUUCCCUAUCUGCCUCAGGCAAUUUUUAAAGCAUUGGUGAAGCUAAUGAAAAAAAAUAUCCUGUAUAACUGAACAUAGGAGAAACAGAAACUUCUGCGAAAGGGCUCGCAGAAAUGUAUUUGAUGUUAUGAGGCGCAUGCGAAGGUUGGCAGAGCAGUGCUUCUGUUGCAACGGUUUUGUUCUUUGUACUCAAGGACCUACAAUGCCGUCGAAAUAAUGUUCAAAUGCUCAAGGACACGCGGAAUAUUCCGGAAUGUAAAAAUUCAGUAACGAUAUGUUCACCAAGGAAAGCGAAAAUUGCCUAAGCGGAGGAUCUAUAAUGUAUAUCAUGUUGUUGGAGCGUCUUGUAGACCAGACUGCGAUGAGCCUGAAAGCACGAAACGCUGCCUCGAAACGCGCAGCACAGCUUCUUCAAGAUUUGAAUGUAUGUGUUUUCUGAGUGUAGCAAUAAGAAAAAUGUCUCGCUUACCUUUGCAUGAAAUGGCCCUGUGCCACCAGUCACUCAGGAACGGUUAAACUGCUUAUGACAGCACACGCACACAAAAUGAUUGUUCAGCCGAGCGUGAACGGACAGGUCCGACACGACACCAUCGCAGAAUUGAUGCCAACCAGGUUUAGGGCUUGCAAUUAUGCUUGAAAUAUCCCUUAAAACAUCGGUGAACUUAGGUGCGUCCAUGACAAGGCUCAAAUGAUAACGCGGUCGUAAGCUCAAUGAGAAAGCUCUAUUUAAGUUUUAAUCUUCUUAUCACAGUAGUGUUGAUGCUUUGCAGACGGUUGCUUCGAACAGACUAUGAGACGACGAGUCGCGUUAGUCAUCUUUUCGUUCGUUACGGCGAAAGAGCUACCAGUGAACUGCAUGACGACAAAGUCUCAAAGCAAACAAGUAAAACGUUUGCUUGGGCUAGUUGGUUCUUGCUUGAAUUUUGCUUGACAGGAGCGGCGCCGGUCCUGCCGUGUGUGUUCUUGAGUCCUGUUCUUCUGCGCCUGGCCUUUACUAAUUAAAGCAAACAAGCGGUGCAAUAUUUGGACUUUUGAAUGGCUCUUUAAAAAACUAAUGAUCGCAAACCAGCAAGAAGGACUAACGGUGAUGCAGAAUGAGCAGAUCUUUGACGCUUUAUACAUAAAAAGAUAUCGAUGCUAUCCUUUUCUUCGUUCGUGAGUAUAUGAGUAGUAAAUGUGAAAUUAACAAUUCGCGUGUUCUUGAAAAAGCGAACUUUAAGAAGUUUUUAUAAAUGCUGCACUGUCAACAAAUAUCGUGGCGCUGCACCGAAAAGACUGCGAUAAAUUAACCAUAUUCUUCUUUUUUUUACAUAAUAGCCCUAUAUUGAAGAAUGGGCCUUCAAUUUCGGACAGUACAUUCACUUGCAAUAUGAAAGGGAACGCUUCAUUUGUGUUCGAACUGCGAUUCUUGCAAACGUGCAAGUCAGAACUUCACUCCUAUUUCUUACAUAAUUAUCCCGUUGAAGAAUCCUGCUAAUGAAACGUCUCCUCCUGACAAGCACAGAGAAGGAAAAUUACCGACUUUGAGCUUGAAUCCAGUGCUCCUUUUCACAUUGGACAAGGGCCUGAAUCUCGUCUAAUGAAUGACAUCUUAUACUGAAGAUGCACAUUCGAGUGCGAUACUUGCUUUAUUCGUUCUUAAUUUAGAUAAUACAAUUCGUGAUUCAUCCCGCUCAUAGAAAAACAGCGUUCCUGACGGCAAUCAUAGCGGCGAAGCGCUUAGAAUUAUUGUUGUCACGAUAUUUAUGCGAGGAAGCGUCAUUUAGAUUAAGAUGAAUAUCCGAUAUUGUGGAAUUCCGCGCGUCUGGAGCUACUUUCUAAGCAAAGUAUAUUUUAGAAAGGUCCACAUAUUCUGAAUUCUAAAUUACCGUCGAUUUUUUGCGUUACCUAAUGAUAACAGACCCACCGGCUUGGAUAAUUUUAUUAUGUUAUGCUAGUUAUGAAGCUAGCGUCGAUGCAGGACCAAUAUGCAUUUGUGGGCCAAACUAAUAUUGCUUUAACAUGAUACUUCGCAAGAGAGUUAAGUAUUGUUCACUGUUCUAAAUUUUGGCUUGACCAGUGGCCCUCGAGUUUACGCCUUACCCUAAAUAUUCGAAGACUCAUCAUAAUAUUACGUACCUAUAUUUAAUGCACAGAGUUCCGGUUAUCCCUAAAAAUAAAAAGAAUGGGAAUUUCAAUAAUAGUAUCUGUGCUUUAUGUGUAUCAAGUGGAUUGAUAUUCCAGUAGGUGACAUGCAGCACCUCAUUCUUAGCCCUUUAUAUGUUGUUCUGUUAAAUUGUAAGCUCUCACAUGUGUUCCCCCACUUCAGUACCUGUUUGAAUUGCCAAGUUAAUCUCAUCAUAUACUGAAAACGUCUUGUGAGCAUCUAUUAUGUGUAGGCUUUGCUCCGGCGCGGCUUGCUCGACUUUGUUUAGAGGGUUGAUUCCGUGUGUUUUAGGCGAUAACAAGAAAAAUGCUUGACUUGUAGAUUUUCAACUGAUCUUUGUUCUUGUAUCUCAUUAAAAACAACGUUCCAUGUAAUAAAUUCGUCCUUCCACAGAAA